GUGAUCUGGUGGAAAGAUGGAAGGUGUUUGCAAGUUGCAACUGCCAAGCUUUUUGCAUUCAUGGAGGAAGAGGAUGGUAGCCCAAACUCUCUUUCUAAAUCUCAAAAUCAAUCUCACUCCCAAGGAGGAACAACAGAUAGGAACAUGAAGAAGAAGAACAAGAAGCAUAGUCUCCCUCUGAGGAUGUUUAUUUCAGUGGAUGGAGAUGAUGUGGUGCGCCAUGACUGUCCUAAUGCUUCCAAUCCUUUCCACAAGUGUGCAGACUACUGUUCCUUGAGAACUUCUGACCAAGCUAAGAAACAGGAAGGAAGCAAGGGAGUGAAAAAGGUGGUGGAAGCAAGGAGGCAUGUAGAUCCAAACUGCAGACAUGCAUCAAAUCCUUAUCAUUCAUGUGGUCCAUAUUGUUAUGAAGAUGAGGGAGAGAGUUCAUAUAGUUCUUAUUCCUCUUCAUCUUUUCGUCAAUUAAAAGGGGAGAAGAAGGAAGAGGUAAAGAAGACUGGAGAUGUGGAUCCUAUGUGUAAAAAUGCAUCUAAUCCUUUUCACAAGUGUUCUGAUUAUUGCUUCAGAGGCAGCACAGGUUCAUGUUGUUCUCAACUAUUAUUAUUAUUAUUCAUGUAUUUGUAGUAUUGGAAGUUGGAUUUCUUGUUGAUUGUUGU